AUGUCAAUGUUUGUGGACAUUUGUGGUGAUCCUCACAAAGGGGAAACGUUUGAUGAUGGUGUUUACGACGGAAUCAGCAAAGUAACCAUCGGGGACCAUGAAACUUACGGUGUUGUGUACAUGAAAAUAGAGUACAUAAAAGAUGGAGAUGUAGUGGAGAAGCAACAUGGAAAUAUGAGAGGAGAAGAAAUUACAGAGCUCGGGUUCGAGACAUCACGCGGCAGAGCGUCUCAAAUUUUUGGUAUGCAUCCGACCAAGAUAUCAACAUCGACUCAUUCAGUAGCAUUUCAUUUGGGGGCUGAUGGAAAGAAGUUUGCUGGGCUACAUGGACGCGCCGGUGAUGUUAUUCACGCGUUAGGAGGUCACUUUGACAUGGUGUCUUCUGCUCAUACGCCAAUGCCAUCAGUACCUAAAGGUGGAAACUACGGAACUACUUGGGAUGAUGGGGCGUAUGAUGAAGGUGUGAAGAAACUAUGGGUUGGAGAAAGUGAUCGCCACCUGAGCUACAUCAAGUUCCAGUAUUGCAAUGGAGACAUCUUGGUACCCUCAGCCUCGCAAGUUGGUGGAUUUGAUUGCAUUAAGAAUUUGAUCUUUCACUCUCACGGCAAAGAGCCACCAGAAGCACCAAAAGAGUUUGCGCUGCUUCAGGACGAUGAAUACAUCACCUCUGUAGAAGGAACGUACCAUGAUUAUGAUAUUUUACCGAAUGUCAGAGGGUUGACCUCUUUAAAAUUCAAGACAUCCUACAACCGAGAAUCUCCGCUGUUUGGUAAAAUUGAGGGUAUAAAAUUCAAUAUCCAAGGGGAGGGAUCUCGCACGAAACUUGUUGGGCUCAGAGGAAUAUCAGAUCUCGAUCGUCUAACUGCUCUCGGAGGCUAUUUCACGGUGGCACCUCCUUGGACCUGUUCAGUGGUAAAAGGUGGAUUGUACAAUGAGAUUGGGACUAGGUGGGAUGAUGGAAUACACGCUACGGUCCGUAAGAUUACUGUAACUAGUGAGUGGCCAAAAAUCUAUUCUAUCGACUUGCAGUAUAUCGAUGGUGAUGAACAUAUCAUUCACCAUGGAGGUCACGGUGAGGUACCGGAUACGCAGGCACAUUCACGUGCAGUGUUGACAUAUACGAUUGAGCUCGAUGAUGAUGAUUAUGUCACAUCCAUGGAAGUAGGAAUGUCCAAUUAUUAUGGCUUUCUCUCCAUAGCCAUGCUGAAAAUUAAGACAAAUAGAGGAGGAGCUCAAGUGUUAGGAUACGAUCCUACUGGCUCAGUGAAAUAUGCCAAAAGACUCCUUUUCAAGAAAAGAGGGCAUAAGAUAGUUGGGUUUUUUGGAAGAACCUCCGACUUUCUCGAAGAUAUUGGAGUCUACUUCGAGCCAAUUAAUGAUGAAUAA